AUGCUGCGCCUUACACCCUGUUUACUGGUUUUGGGCAUUCUGUGCCAUGAGUGGAACUAUCCGGCAGAGUCAGGACGUAGUUGGCCGAGCAGUGCACAGCCUGCCCUGCAGGCCAUUGAAAACCAGUUCACUGUUCUGGAAAAGCGCCACAGGCCCCAGAUAGCCUUGGGCAGGUGUGUGGCGUUGCUGGAUGAGCUGAGGCAUGCGCGAGAGCUGCAGUCAGUCCUCAGGUGGGUGCAGCGGCUUUUCGAUGAACUGGGUGGCCAAUACCUGCAACAAUUCGAUUGCCUGGCGGGCAAGCACAAUACAUUCCUUCUGCCUUUUGCCCGGUCACUGCGAGCAAAAGGCAAAAUUCCAUUAGCUGUAAAACUCAUUGUGGAAUAUGAAAGCACACUGACUGCUCUACAGUCUGCCUGCAAUCAGUUGAUUGAAGGCCUCUUCCAUGAAACGCUGCAGACUCUAUACCAGGAACUCGUAUACCCACAGAGGCUGAUCGCAACAGAGCAAAGUAUUGUCGCUAAUAUGUGCACAAAUCUCUUGUACCAUCAACACUCAACUCCACACAAGCUCCGCUGCCGUUUGAUUAGACCUACGCCCUAUCACGACCUAGCACCUAUCAAAAUCGAAACACUGCAUGAUUCUCCAUAUAUAGCGAUCUUCCAUCAAGUGAUUGACGAGCGUGAGGCAGAACUGCUUAUAAACAAGGCCCAACAGAACCAUAUUUUGAGGAACCACCAGCUGCCCAGGAACUUGCAGAAAAAGUUGAGCGAUUUUUUGGGCAUUGAUGUGAAUUGGCUUCGCCUGAGGCGCAUUGAACCCGUCCAGCCGGUAGUACAACACUAUGAUUUUGAAUUCGAUGUAAGCCGCUUAGAAACUGGUUUUGCCAAUAAUCACUUGACGGCUUUUAUUUAUCUGAACAAUGCAUACGAAGGAGGGUCAACUGUGUUUCCCUACUUGAAUGUGGCCAUAGAGCCCCGGGUGGGCAGCUUAGUGGCUUGGCAGAAUUCGCACAAAACGCUGGAGCCGGACUUUCGCACCAAACAUGGCAGCUGUCCAAUAUUUGGAGGCGUUAAGUGGGUGGCCUCUUUUGAUACGCGCAGCAUAUGGCAAAAGAAACUACAUCUUUGUGAUUCGAAGUAUGAUGGCUACAAAUCGUUUGGCUUUGGCAAGCGUUGCAAUUUGGCAGAGGUCUUGCCUAGAACUUAA